GUAAUAUAUUAUUCUUAUAUCUAUGCUCCUGCCUUUGAUUUAUCACUCAUUCUAAUUUUGGACAAUAUUCACUACUUUUUUUUUUUGGCUAUUAUAUGCUACUAAUUCUAAUUGCUUGGCUAAGCUAAUCUAAUCUCAUUUGAGGUCACUGGUCCCCAUUGCAGCAGUAAUAUCUAGUUUCUUUUUAGUUACUCCGUAUGUGUUAAUACUUGUAUUAGGCCUUUUUUAAUUUUUGUCUGGAGGGAAUUUGAUUCUCGUUAAAAUAAACGGAGCCUUGUUUUUACAUUGACUGUGUUAGAGAGCGUUCACAUAAUUAAGAGUUUGAAAAAAGAAAAAGACAUAAGCAUAGGAUUAUUAGCAGAAAAAGGGGGACAGAAAUGUACACGCUGGUAGAACUUUCUGCUUUGAACAACUGAAGCAUAGCUGUGUCCGUUGUUUUACCACUCACUCACUCACUCACUCACUCCAUUCAUCUUCGAGCACUGUGCUUCUCUCUCUUCAGGGUUUUUGGUAGCUUAAACGUCACUUGUUUUGCUGGGUUUUCUUCUACUUUCAUUUUCAGCUCUGCACGUGAUAACUCACCCCUUGAGCAGUAUAAUUUAGCCGCACAUUGUGAAAAUUUAAGCUUACCUAGGUUGAAUGAUGCCUGAAAAAUGGCUGCAAAGAGUCCUGGUGCUAUUAAUCGGCUUUCUUCCUUGUAUUUUAGGUGCUUUCAUUGGGAUAGAUAUAGGAACACACUUGUCUAAAUUGCCCCCAGCAUCAGAAGUGGUUGCAAUUCUUAAAGCCAACGAGAUUACUCAUGUUCGGCUUUUUGAUGCUGAUUCUCACAUGCUCAAUGCCCUUGCCAAUACGAGCAUAGAAGUUAUGGUUGGUGUCACAAAUGAGGAACUUCUCGGGAUAGGGCAAUCACCAUCGGUUGCUGCAGCAUGGGUAAAUAAAAAUGUGGCAGCUCAUGUUCCUAACACUAAUAUCACUGCAAUUGCUGUUGGUAGUGAGGUUUUGACUACGAUACCGCAUGCUGCUCCAAUUCUUGUUCCUGCCAUGAAUAACAUUCAUAAAGCUAUUGUUGCAUCCAACUUAAAUUUCAAGGUCAAAGUCUCCACCCCUCACUCCAUGGACAUAAUUUCUAGGCCUUUUCCUCCUUCAACUGCUAUCUUUAAUUCAUCAUGGAACUCUACUAUGUACCAAGUACUUCAGUUCUUAAAGAAUACCAACUCUUAUUUUAUGCUGAAUGCAUAUCCUUAUUAUGGAUUUACUAAAGGAGAUGGCAUUUUCCCGCUUGAGUACACUCUUUUUCAACCUCUGUCCUCAGUUAAGCAGAUUGUGGAUCCAAACACACUGUAUCAUUAUGAUAGCAUGUUUGAUGCCAUGGUGGAUGCUGCUUAUUAUUCGAUUGAUGCGUUCAAUUUUUCCGAGGUCUCAGUAGUUGUGACAGAAACUGGUUGGCCAUGGAAUGGAGGAGCUAAUGAAAAAGAUGCCACCGUGAAAAAUGCUCAGACAUACACUAAUAAUUUGAUCAGAAGGGUUAUGAAUAACUCAGGUCCACCUAGUCAGCCAACCAUGCCAAUAAAUACAUACAUUUAUGAGUUGUUCAAUGAGGAUGAGCAUCGUGGUCCUAUCUCAGAGAAAAAUUGGGGGUUAUUCUUCACAAAUGGCUCCUCUGUAUAUCCUUUUAGUCUUAGUGCUUCUGGUCAAAUGGCAGGCAAUUCCACAGGUUCAUUCUGUAUUGCAAAGUCAGGUGCAGACGAAGACAAGCUGCGGAAGGGUUUGAACUGGGCUUGUGGUGAAGGUCAUGCUAAUUGUACAGCCAUUCAGGAAGGCCAGCCGUGUUUCUACCCUGAUACUAUAGAGAACCAUGCCUCUUAUGCAUAUAAUGAUUAUUAUCAAAAGAUGCAUAGUGUUGGCGGAACUUGUGAUUUUGAUGGUACAGCAACUACAUCUACUGCCGAUCCUAGUUAUGGUUCAUGUGGUUUCACUGGGAGUGCGAAUUCAACUGCUGGGAGGGGAUUCAGUCCCACAGCAUAUGGUCCAGUAAGUCCUUUCACGGGUAGUAGGAGCAGCAUGUUAUAUCCUGAAAUUGGAGGAGUAAUAGUUGGAAUCAUUUUGCAUUGGUUUUGGCUUUGAUAUGCGAAUUGUUGAUUGAAUUUUUGUACCCAAUACAGUACUAAUGAGAUAGAUUGCUUUGUUAGUGACAUCCAUAGGAAUUGAUCACCAGUGUUAUGUCAGUGUUAAUGUUAUUAUGUAUUGUGUCCAGGUAUUCCACUUUCUGUAAUCAAAUUCAAUUUUUUGCCCUACAUAUAUCAACUUUCUUCUUUUGAACAACUCUAUUUUGUGAGUUUUGGUAGUACAAAUUCUAA